AUGGGACAAACGCCAUGUGUAACUUAUUCUACGACGAGUGUAGUUACUCUGUCAAGUAUGCCUAGUGAGUUUUAUGUUGCCUGCCGCAAUGGGGACGUCAAAAAAGUAGAACAAAUAUUACCUCAACUAAAUAUAGCUCAUAUCAAUUGUCUUGAAUCAAAUGGAAGUAGUCCGUUACAUGCUGCAUCUUUUUAUGGUCAUAAAACUAUUGUACAAAUGCUUCUUGCAAAUGGUGCAAAACCAUGGUUAAUAAAUAAAUAUAAAAUGACACCAUAUGAAGAAGCUGCAAAUGAUGAAAUUCGUUCAUUGUUCCGACGUCCAUUGGACUCCGAUAUAAAUCGAUUUUCAGAAGAUGACACUAAUAAUAAAUGUUUAGAAUUAAUUUCGAAAAGGAAAAUAGACGAAAAUGGUAAUCAGAUACCAAACGGUUGGAUUAAUGGUUAUAAAAACAUUGGUAAAUAUUCUCGCUGUAAAGAUAUCAAACUUAUUAUUCGUGCACAAAUUAUUAAAUAUUAUCUUGCAAGUUUACAACAAUCAAAUGAUUGUGCUCGUGAAUUACAACAAAUAUUAAAACAUAAUGUUCCAUCUGAUCAUCGUGAUUAUAAAAAUGCAUGUUUUCUUUUUGAUGAAUAUUGUUCUCGAAAUCAAAUAGAAUAUCUCAUUCGUUUAUAUACACUUGAAACAAAUUUUUAUCGUGCUCUACAUUCAAAUGUUGAAAUAUUUACUGUUGAAAUCUAUUCACAAUUAGAAACUCUCAAAAAUCGAUUUUUUCAAGGUCAAUCUUAUCGUGGUCUAUCAAUGACAACUAAAGAUAUUGAUGAAUAUAAGUGGGCUAUUCAUAAUCAAGGAACAUUAAUUGAAAUUAAAACAUUAACAUCAACAUCAGUUAAUUCCAAAGUUGCCUAUAAAUUUGCAUGUGGUCAAAAAAUGAAUAAUACUGAUUGUCAUAGAGUAUUCUGUGAAUUUCAUUUUGAUCGUCGAUGCAGUACAGCUAUUGAUCUUCGACGUAAUUCUGAUAAAAAUUUACUUUGUUUAUCUGCUUAUGAAAAUGAAGCUGAAGUACUUGUUCUACCAGGUACACUAUUCGAAGUACGUGCUGUUCGUCAAAAAAAAGAUACAAAUCGAUAUACAAUUAUUUUACAUAAUAUAUAUGUACCACUACAUAUCAUAUUGGAUGCAUUUAAAGAAGUACAAACAUGA